AUGAAGACACCAUUCUUCCUCCUUUCUCUCUUCCUCUUCUCCAUCUUGCUUUUUCAAGUUAUAGAAGCACAAGUGCUUGAUACCCGCGGCAAGAUUGUCCGAGCUGGUGUCAAGUACUAUGUUGUACCUCUUCUCCAGGAUCAGGGUGGUGGGUUUGACCUAGCUUCCACCGGAAGUCAGAGUUGCCCGCAAAGUGUGGUCCAAGAUGAUGUUUACUGGUGGGGCAAUACUAUACAAUUCUACCCUGUUAAUUCACAGAAAGGCGUGAUUCGUGAGUGGACUGAUCUCAACAUCGAGUUUCCAGAUGUAUACACAGGAUGCCCUGAGUCUAAGGUGUGGACAAUUACGGGAGAUCCUUCAUCAUAUGACAUUACUCAUUACAUUACAGAUGGUGGCAGUAAAGGCAAUCCUGGUCAACAAACUCUAAGCAACUGGUUCCAGAUUGUCAAAACAGCAAACGCCUAUAAGUUUAUGUUUUGUCCAAGUGUGUGUAAUUACUGCUCAUAUGUGUGCCAAGAUGUUGGCAUCUCAAUAGAAGGAGGACAAAGGCGUUUGGUUCUCAGCAAUACCCCUCUGGAAAUCAACUUUAAGAAGGCUUAA